UAUAACAGAAGACGCCUCUGAAGCCCUCCAUCCCUCGGCAAGAGAUAACACUGUGCAGUGCUGUUCAAGAGAAGUUCCAGGAAUAACUGAAACCCAUUGCCAGAAUCCCCUCAGCCUGGUAACUGCAAGCAUUGGGCAGUAGUGGGCCCUUCAAGAGCUAGGGGGCUGAUGUAUGUUGGCACCUCAAGAAGGGAAGAACUGCGUGGGGUGCUGUGAACCGCUGCUUCUUUCUGGAGACACUUUCUCAGUCUCCCCGCCCUACUGGUUUCUUCUUCUCCCUUCUCCCGGGGUACUGCAGAGCAGACUGCCACCAUGAAGUAUUACUACCCAGCAUCGCAGUCGCUGCCCAGGUACAGGAGGUAUAGAAGCCUGAGGACUGUGCGUUUCCCCAACGACGUUGUCUUCCAGGACCACAUUCGGCAGGGUGACCUGGAGCAGGUGGGACGUUUCAUCCGCGCUAGGAAAGUCACCUUGGACACUAUCUAUCCUUCUGGUAUGGCUGCGCUCCAUGAAGCUGUGCUUUCUGGGAAUCUUGACUGCGUCAAGCUCUUGGUUAAAUAUGGUGCCGACAUCCAUCAAAAAGAUGAAGAUGGCUGGACACCCUUGCACAUAGCUUGCAGUGAUGGGCAUACUGACAUUGCAAGGUACCUAAUCUCUCUUGGAGCUGAGUUGGAUGCCACCAAUGAUGAAGGGGAGAAGCCAUCUGACCUUAUUGAUCCUGAGUACAAGGACCUUGUGGAGCUUUUCAAAGCAACCCGAAUGGACUGAGUUUGUACCCUUCAGCUCUUUCCCAUGUGGAGUCCAGUUUCCAUGGCAAGCAGGAACAUCUGUUGCAUGCUGGAAGGAGGCUAGCAAAAAUGACAUUAGCUCUUACUAGAUUGGCAAGGGAAUGUAUGGCCUCCUAAAGAGACCGCGGUCUGGCUGUAGUGUGUGUGUGUGUGUGUGUGUGUGUGUGUGUGUGUGUGGCUUAGGGGUUUCUCAGAGAGCUAUGCUUGAGAUAGCCCCUUCAAAGAGAAGUGCCACCUGCCAUUGCCCAGUACCUGCUGGAGGCAGGCUUUAGCUAAAAUGGGUAUAAUGGCUGGGACAUACCAGCCUUCAUGGCACUGUUUUACAGGAGGUUCACACAGGUUGUGAUGAGCUGGACUGGACUGGGUACUAAUCUGUGCAAGCAUACAUCUUCCAGUACCCAUCUGGCAAUGACUGUGAUCUUGAAUAAUGCAAUUUCAGCAAUGUUAAAGCUAUUUUCCUGAAGAAACUCCAAGAAGAAUCCUUAUACAAUAAUGCAAAAGAGAAAAUGGCCUCAAACCCAAGCUGGCAUCCCAAUGCUGUAAAUAUGGACUAUCCCAAUGAUGUUGUAUACAAAGUCUUAUUUUCAAUGUUUGCUCACCCCAGAUUUGCUUUUCUACUGUAUUUUCUAUGUGAUUCUGGUACAGCCUUUUAUUUUUUCAAUAAAGUCAUUCCCAAACUC